UUAUACGAUUAGUAAUCCAUUCCAGUCCGACAGAGCAAGAUGCUGGCGCAGUGCUCCUCCUCCUUCUACCCCAAGUUUAUGGCUUCUCUCCACACCAACACCACCAAUAACCCCAGCAGUACUCACAUCGCCAUGCCGCCGCGGCUUCAUCAGUUGCAGAAACAACGAAUCAUGAAGUCCGACAUCUUUGAAGAUCAAGAGAGUUUGUGCCUGAGACACAGCGACCGGUUGAGCCAAGUGAGGAGGAUGUUUGAUGACCAGACAAGAGGAGCCAAGGAGACCUUGCUGUUCAUAGACUCCCUUCAAAAGCUCGCCAUCGACUACCAUUUCGAAGAAGAGAUUCAAGCCGAGAUGCAUUCUUUAUACGACCAGCGACUCCCCAUCUCCAAUGGCGAAGCCAGUAGCAUCGCGGAAGUGGCCCUUUUGUUUCGGUUACUGAGACAAGCUCGAUACCCCAUUUCUACAGAUGUGCUGCGCAGGUUCCAUGAUGGUAGAGGAGAGUUCAUGGCGUCUCUCAGCAAGGAGAUGGAUGGUCUGAUGAAUCUAUUUGAAGCGUCGAAUUUGAAUACUGGUGGGGAAUUAAUACUCUACAGGGCCAAUGAAUUCAGUAGCCAUCACCUCAGGUCCUACAUGGCAUCUUUGGGGCCAGAGUUUGCAGUAACUAUUGAACAUGUGCUGGAGACUCCAUCUCAUAUGACCUUGCAGAGAUUCCAAGCCAGGAAAUAUCUUGAUAGUGACAACUUCUAUCACAAUUUGCAUGUUCGAGAAUUGGGGGAGAUGGAUUUCACCAUGCUCCAGUCACUGCAUCAAAAGGAACUAAAAGAAGUCACAAGAUGGUGGAAGAAGUCAGGAUUGGGCCAAGAGCUAGGGUUUGCUCGGGAUCAAUCCUUGAAGUGGUUCACUUGGACAAUGACAUGUCUACCAAACCCUAAAUUUUCAAGUUAUAGGGUUGUUCUGUCGAAGAUCAUCGCAUUUGUUUAUCUUCUUGACGAUAUUUUUGAUGUGGAAGGAUCGAUCGACGAUCUCCAUCUCUUUGUACAGGCCAUUGAAAGAUGGGAUCACUCUUCAAUGGAUUCACUUCCCAACUACAUGAGGGUAUGCUUCAAGGAAUUAAAUAGCACUAUCAAUGAGAUUGCCGAAAUUGUGCUCAAGGAACAUGGAUGGAAUCCAAUCGAAUAUCUAAAGAAAUCAUGGAUACAAUUAAGUAAUGCAUUUUUAGUGGAAGCAAAAUUGUUGUCGAAAGACCAAGUCCCGACAAUGGAUGACUACAUGAAGAUUGCCACAAUUACUUGUGGUGUUCCUGCAGCCUUAAUGCACAUGUAUUUUCUAUUAGGACAUCACACGACGAAUGAUCUCUGUGAAGAUCUGCCGAGUCUUAUAUCUUGUCCUUCGAGAAUUCUUCGACUUUGGGAUGACUUGGGAAGUGCAAAGGACGAAAAACAAAUUGGGAGGGAUGGCUCAUUGUUGAUUUGCAUGAUGAAGGAGAACCCACAUUGGUCGUUGGAAGUUGCAAAGGAAAAAGUGAUGCAAAUGAUUGAAAAAGAGUGGGAGGAGCUCAACAAGGAAUGCUUCAGUUCAUCGACCUCAACAUUCUCUCAAGAUUUUGUCACGGCUUGUUUGAAUAGUGCUAGGAUGGUGAGGGUGAUGUACAACUACAACGAGGAGCAUAACCUCCCCAUGCUUAAGGAUGCUAGUCCUGUUAUAGGGUACUAUGAUAGUCAACCUGCUAUACCUUUCUCUAAAGAUCCCAAAUAUCCCAGCAAAGAUCAACCCACUUGCGAGGUUGGGUGUGGUGCUUUGUUUGUCCCUGAGCUUGCGUCUUUGACGGCUAUCCUCGAUCCACUAGAUCUUUCCCCUGUGAUGGAUUCUGAUUCCAUGCCUUCACAUUCAUCUGGACAGCUACUGGUCGUCUUUGCCAUGAACGCUAGUUAUGACCAAGCUGCUUCUACAGUAGUCUCAGUCUGA